UUGUCUUUUGAUUGUGUUUGUGAAACUUACAGAAAAUCUUGCAAAAACAAUUAAAUUAAAUUUUUUGCAUUAAAACAGCAUUAAAUUUAGUUGAUUUUAUUGGCAAUAGCAAGGAAAAGAUGAGAAUUAUGGCUGGAUUAUUAAAGCAAGCAACUGGAUUGACUGGAUUAGCAGUUAGCCCUAAUCCCCAUUAUACAUUAACAGCACUUUAUGGAAAGAUCCUUCGUGCACUUGCUAAAAUGCCCCAAGAUGCUGCUUACCGUAAAUAUACAGAACAAAUUGUCAAUGACCGUCUUAAAGCUGUUCAGACUUACAAAAAUGUUGAGGCACUCGAAAAUGCUGUUGGAUGUGGACAAGCCGAAGAAAUGAUCUUACAGGCUGAGAAGGAAUUAGUUUUAGCGAGAAAAAUGUUGGGAUGGAAGCCUUGGGAGCCUUUAAUUCGUGAACCAUCAGCUACUCAAUGGCAAUGGCCACCAGCUGAGAGAAAAUAGGUUUUAAUAUAUUCAAAAUUAUUGUCCC